AAAAAAGCAAUCUAGGCGGCAGUAGGAUCGAAUGGUUGUUGCUAAAAGUGUUGUCGCCGGUUCGUAAAGCAGCGACGUGUUAUCAUAUCCCCCGGGGGAGACGGUGUAAAUAGCGUGGAAAAUCAUUAACGGAGCGUACGGUUUGCUCCGCAUGUGGAGUUUCGUUUGGUCCGCUGAACCAUGAGGUGUGUUUAGUCGAAGAAAAUCCGGUUCAACAAUAGGACGAUAAAAUCAUACUCUACGCAAUACGCAGGAAGAUCGUUUGUUUUUCCAUAUCGUUCCGUGCGAGACAAGUGUUUUGCCAAUUUGUCUGAGCGGGUUGUGUGUAAAAGUGGUAGUAGUUCCGGUGUCAAAUUUUCCUUUCAUGCGUACUUGCAAAACAUAAUCAAGGGCAGUCAACGAUCCACACCUUCUUCCCCGAGUGGAAAUCUGUUUUCCGAUCUGAAUGCAAGCAUAACAACAACAAUCACACAGCAAUAUGGAUGAAACAUAUCUGAAGGAUCUUGAAACGGCAGCCCACAUCAUCAUGGCACCGCCGAAUUCCAUAACAAACCAGCAACGACAGGAAUCGGAAGCGAUUUUCACCACCUUCCGUAGAACAAAGACGCCCUAUGCACUGUGUCAAGCGAUACUGGAGAAGUCGGCGGUCGAUUUGGUCCUGUUCGAGGCGGCGGACGUCUUGAAAAAGGCCAUCGUUGGGGAAUGGAAAUUCAUUGCUGAGCAGGAUCGAGCCUCGCUGCGCCAGUACCUGUUGAACUACGUUAUCCAGCGUAACGUGCCGGUGUUUAUCCGCGACAAACUGCUGCAGGUCGUGGCAAUUAUGAUCAAGCGCACCAGCCUCGAAGACCAUGGGGCCGAGCGGGGCCAAAUAAUCGAAGAAACGAAAAAGAUGCUCAACUCAGGUGACCUGAAGCAGCAGAUUCUAAGUUGCAGCAUUAUGCUGGCGAUCCUGGAGGAGUACUGCAACAUUGUUCGUUCCGACGACACGGGACUCAACACGUUGGAACAUUUCAAAGCAAAGAAGCAAUUUGAGGAUUCAGAUUUGCUGCAAACGUUCGUCAUGACGCUGCAGGCCAUGGCAGAGAUAGUGAACGGAUUCGAUACGACCAACCAGAUGCAAAUGUAUUUCUUCAAGCAACUGCUCACCGUUAUGGAGACCGUAUUGACGUGGGGCUUUUUGUUGCCCAAUUUACGAAACUACCGAAUGAGACACUCGCUGUCGAAGAGUAUCAUCGAUACGUCGGAAACGGUCACCAAAGCGGUCCAUGCGCCCCCACUCCGGCUGCAGUCGCAAUGGAAAAAUGUUAUAUUUGAUGCGAAAGUGUUGGAAGUGUUCUUUCACACCUACUGGAAGACGCGCGAAAUCGAAGACCUGCAGCCGAAGGCGUUGACGUGUAUUCUCCAGCUGUCCACGUUACGGGGCCCCAUCAUAACGGAAAACGUGGAAGAAAGUAUGUCCUACUUGGCAAACUACUUGACACACUUUCUUUCUCUGCUAAACAACAUCGAAAUAAAGGACAAAGAGGCGUACAGCUUUUCCUUGAUCCUCCGUAAGCUGCUUCAAUUCCUGCCCACCGGAAUGUUGCAGAUGCUACCGAACUCACUGUUCGAUGCGUCGAUUCAACUGUGCUUCACUAUGACCAUGAAGUUUUUGGAGCAAUCGGCGGCUGAAGAAUCGGCCGCACCGGACGAAGCGUUUUACAUCGAUGCCCUGAGCAAUAUGUUCACCAUCUGGCUUUCGUUUGUCGAGGACAGAAAAAACUUCCCGAUCGAACCGAUGCUGCCGUACAUUACGCAAAUGUUCGAGAAGUACGUUCAGUGUCAUCUGUCUCCACCGCAGGGAAUCCGUGGCGCCGGUGGUCGCGACGGUGAUGGGGGAGAGAAUGAAAUAACCGAUAUCGAAGAGUCGGACCGGGAUCGCUUCACGGAGCAGCUGAAGAUGGUUGGAUUCCUCGGGCGACAAAUUUUGCUUCACGCCCUUGGUUUGUUGGCCAAGCUAUUGGAAGAUCGAACGCGUAAGCUCGGAACCCAUUUGCAUAUGUUACACGCUUCGAAAUCACUCUCUAUCUCCGACGGAAUGAGCUUGGAAAACCUGUUCGAGGAUAUCCAUUGGUUGCUGCUGAUCAGUGGGCAUGUGAUGGCGCUUGCGUCAGAUGGCGAAACUCCUCUGGUUCCGGAGGCAAUUAUUACUGUCUGCAAACGGCAGGCCGAGUCGGGUGUGACCGACGUAUCGAACAGUUUAAAAUUGCUCGCCUCACCGAACCAGGACAUUCAGGAGAUUCCGAACGCGGAAUCGAAUGUCGAUCCGGUAAUCAGACUGAUGGCGGCCGGCUUUAGACUGUGCGAGCUGGAGAAGAGUGCCAUCGAGGUGCGCAUGUAUCAGUUCCUUAGCCCGCAGCUCAGCGCAACGCUGAUGUGGUACCUGCGGCACUGGUGCAGCUCUUACGUAAUGGCACCGUACGAACCUUCCUCGAACCAUAUCUUCGCCACAGCGUUCGGCGUCGGCACGGGUGGCGCAUCGUGGGUAUUAAAUUAUUUACUGAACAAAAUCUGUUUAAAUGCACAACAUCUGCGCGGUGAACCGACCGUCAUGGAGGAGACGGUCGAGCUGCUGCUGGAACUUCAACGGAAUCGGUUCCGGGCGCAGACAAUUUUCAACUCGGAGUACUUCCGCUCGAUUUGCGACCUUAAGGGGUUCGAUCUUCCUAUGACGGUGAAGCGAAAGCUACUGCGUGGCUUCGUUACGAUCGGCUGCAGCGUGGAGGCAGAAGAAAUGCGUGGCGAGUACAUGACGCGCAUCAUCGAGGCAACGAAGGAGAAGUUUAAUCUGCUCCAGGCAACCUUCCAACGGCAGGCGCACGUACAUCAGAACGAACAGUUUAAGCAGAAGGUUAUUGAAGUGCUGGAAGAAACGAUCGGCUGCGUGCAGGGGGCACUUGACAAUAUGAUCAUUAUAUUGUUCAACGAAAUUCAACCGAUUUGCAAGCAUUUGGCAACAUUUAUGUCGGUCUAUAAAAAUGACACAGUGAUUGUUGAGCUUGUGCUGGAGCUUUUGACGGAGCUGGAAAAAUCGGCCGAUGUAAAGACGGUUCGAGUCGCCGUCCACCAGUACACUAUGGAUGUGUUUGCCGUUUAUGUUAAAAACAAUACAAACCGCAUCUCGCUCGAUCCCACGAACAACGAGCGCGACCCACAGGAUCUGAUUCUCAUUCUGAAGCUUAUUCACGGGCUCAGCUCGUGGAGGGUCGGAAACGACGAGGAAACGAUGCAGCAAGCGUCGGAUGUUAUUAUCUACGGACUGACAAGCAUUGUUCCGCUGAUUACGGCCGAUUUGAUACGCUACCCGGAACUUUGCUACCAGUACUACAUCACAAUUACUAACUUUGUGGACAACAGACCUUACGUGGUCCCAGCGUUACAUCCCGACUUCCUAAAACAGCUUGCUGCAUCGGUCGAGCUUGGGCUGACGUCGUUCACCUCCGAGGUAGAGCAAAAGUGUGUUGAGUUUAUCGAAGUGUUUGCACAGGCCGUCCGCUGCCAUCAAAACCCGGAAUCGCUAGUCUCGCAGUUGCUGCAAUCCUUCCUCAAGCUGAUGCUCGACAUGACGCUCGGUCAGAAGAUCGACUGGAGCAACACCAACGACUGGUACAAGGCGAUGUACACGGUGAUCUGCUGCUUCCCGCAGACGUUCAAGGAUAUGAUCCAGCUGUUCCUGCAGGAGCACAUGGACAACAGCACCGACAAGACGAAGGAAAUGAUCAACGAAAGCCUGAUGCGGUUGGACCAGAUCGAGUUCAACAACGUGCGUUUGAUGAAGCUCCGCUUCGUCGAUUGGUACGAUCGAUUUGUUUCGCUGGUAAGCCUUAUGUAUAAGAAGUAGAACCUUCCUAAUAGAAAGUGCUAUCGGAAUUUUGUUCGCGGAUCGAUACUAUCAGGCGGAUGAUUUAAAAGUGUUUGUCGAUUGUCGGUAGUGGAAGUCUAACACCAAUCUCAGCGUACGGAAAGAUAAGGUCCCUUGACCUAAGCCCCGCAGUCAGUUAGCCGUUUUCAUUUGAGUUUUGUUUUUGAUAAAUCACAACUUUUGUUAGCAUGUGGUAAUGUGGUUUCGCGGUUUUUUACAAUAUAAUUAUGCUCUAAGGUGUCAUACUUUAAAAUUCCUUACUUUACAUGUGACCAGUUGAAUGUUGACUUGCUAUGGUCCACUAGAAAACACCCGCUAUUUGACAACGUAUAUAGAGAGAGAUUUACAAACUCGUAAUGUGUAAGAAUGGUGAGAAAUGAAUCAACAAGCACAACACAAAUUAUGGUGAUCAAAAUACUAAAUGCAAUCCUGCGGGAGAAAGUUUGGGCAUUAAUGGAAUAGAUAGGGGAAAUAUAUACUUAAAACUUAAAAGGAUAGCUAGGGGCUUACUUCAAAUGUACAAUGGCUAACAACCUGCACGCGCGUACGGAUGUGGACGGGAUGCAACCAAACGAAAGCAUAGCUAAGAAGAUGGCGAAGUACUGUUUGAUAUUCUGCUACACGCAACAUUGGAAUUCUAUAAAAGUGAUACCGUCUUUUACAAAGAAAAUCGCACACUUGCACACUCUACCUUUUUAUUUAGCUAGAAUGUAGAAAACGUUUCGAAAUCUGCACCUAUUCCUGCAAAGUGACGCACAGUAGCGACUCGAAGGUGCGCGGGAAGCGUGAAAGUGAUUAACUAGAGCUAUAACAAAAAGGGAGGAGAGAAUCCAAAGUAUCGUGAAUUGUAAUUGUUUUUUUUUUCUUUGCAAUCCCAAAUAUGUAAGAAGGAUAUAGGGAAAAAAUAUUACACCAAACUGAAAUCAAACUAAGCAAGUAUUUGAAGGAGCACUUCUUGGAUCCAUUACUAACCUUCGGUUUGUCCACUAUUUCGAUGCGUGAUUGUAGAUACGUUGAUUAUUUAAAGAAUCCUUUCCACAACCACAACUUUGAUAUACUAACCAACGAGCGGUCGGGCGGUCGGAAUGGAGAGAUAUAUUUGUUUAUUGUUAUCCUUCCUUUGUAUUCUUUCCUACACCGUUCCAGUAGUAUCUGUUGGGAAUCGUAUCGGCAGUUAGUUAGCUAGACGAAUCUGCCCAGCUUUUACGUGAUAUCUGCGUGAUACUUGACUAUGAUGUGUGCGUGACGGACGAAAAUUCAAACGAGGUUUAAUCGAACCUAUUUUUAUGACGAUAUCAUUUUGUAAAGCAGGAAGCAGGAAAUAAUUGUCUGAAUCGAAGGGCGAAACCGAGCGAAAGCAGCAACGACGAAACCGAUAGGAGGACGUGGAGCUAUUGUUUUAUAUGCCAACUUAUUACGCAUUGCGACAACUCUUGUGCUCUGCAGUGUCCAGAUUAUAGCUAGAUUUGAUACGAUAUGAGAUCAUUUUACGGAUCCGUCUCUUAACAAUUUGAGACUCAAAAUGAAACGUAAAACAAGCGCGGUUUUUAAAGUU